GUAGAAAGAAAGGCAGUCGUUGCUAUACAGAAACUCAGAAUAAAUGAUCACAAAAGAAAAAAGGAAGCUACAACAGAGCAAAACACAAGCUAGUGUGUUAGUUGAGGUGCUAAUACAGAUUUACGGACUAGGAUAAAAGACACAAAAAUGGCAUCAAAAACAGGACAAGACCUAGGACUACCAUACACCAUCUUCUUCAAUGGUUUCUUGCAUGUGUAGUGUUUAAGGAGCUGAAAUACAACUGUGUUGGCCAGACAUGAAUGGAGAAGGAAUUUCACAUACAGAAUGCUUUACGUCUUAACUUGAGGGAUGUGAAGAGCAGUUAGUAUGGGAGUGGAACCCCUUAACGUCUAGUUGCAUUCUGGAAGAGGAAGGUGGCCGGAUCAUGGAGGGACACUUACUGUCUCAAUUCUCAAAGGAAGAGGAAGAUGAAACACCACUAUAUAAAGAUUACAAGCCACCUGCUUUAGAUGCUAUUCAAUUGCCCAAGUAUGUCCUGUACUUGAUGAUGGCUGCACUGGUGGUUAUAAUGGUGGCAUAUGCAAUUGUGGGACAUCUUAUGAAAGACCUUCUGCAUGACUUAGCAGAUUGGGCAUUUGGGCCAAAAUUAGACGACGAGAAAGUUCAUGAAAAGGGGUAUAAAGAUGAGAGUGAGCGUCGGACGGGCGAGUUUAACUUGAGUAUGGAUGGAUUUGGUGAUACACAAAGUCUGUCACCCUUCGAGAUAGAGCAUUUACCGCAGCGUCCUACACAUCGUCCCUCUAUCAUCACUUUUAAAGAGGACAGCCGAGGCAGACUGUUCUGAAAAUCUCAUAGAAUCUCUACUGCCGGAUCUCUGUAUGCAAGCAACACUCUAAAAAUGUUUGGUAUUAUUGGACAUAGUGACAUUUACAUACCUAUUUUAAGGAUACAUCAUUAUUUAACCUCUCUAGGGUCAAAGUAUCAACACAAACAGUUGUGCGUAUAAAUGCUAAAAAUCUAUAUCAAUGCUUAUCAGUCUAUACAUAUCUCUACAUAACAAUGCAAGUAUUCAAAUUCAUUAAGGGGUUAAGGUAUGCGUUUUCCUGCUAACUUUUAUACUAUACCGAAAAUGUGUACAGGUUGGGUGGGUCUAGGUGGAAAGGUUUGGCAGUGAUGCAACUGGUGAUAUUGAAAAUGCACAGCCAUAUCAGCUUUGCGUCAAUGUAAGCUAAAUUGAUUGACAGUCUUUAGGCCAGUCCCACUCCACAGAAAACUAUGCAGAGUUUUACUGCAAUACUGCUGAAGUGCUCUCUGCAUGUCCCAGUGCCCACAGCACAAUGCGAGCAUGUCUAAUAAUACGCUCGCUCUGUGAUGGCUGGGGACAGCAUCCUGGUGUCCUCAGAUGUGGAACACCAGGGAACCAAGCAUACCUGACUGAUUAAUCGCUGAAUUUCCUGCCUGCAGUAUUUAAAUUCUACUUACUAUCAAGCAGCCUAUCAAUAUGUAUAAAUAGUAUUUGCAGGAAAUGAUGCUGCAUUAGGCAAUCCUAGUUGUAGUAUAAGCUGAAGGGACACUGUAGCUCAGGGGUGCCCAAAAGGUAGAUCCCCAGAUGUUGUAGAACUACAACUUCCAUGAUGCUUUUCACACAGUGUAGGUAAUAUAUCAUUUCAACUCAGUGAAUUGGUUAUAGUGCCUAGAGUUCCCUGGUGCUGUCCCUCUGUUUGGUGUUAAACCAUUUUCAGCCAGUGUGACACUGAAUGGGUGUACAAGGCCACCAAAAGUCUUGGGCAGGAGUGCCCAAAAGGUAGAUCCCCAGCUGUUUUAAAACUACAGCUUCCAUGAUGCUUUGUUAUUCGAAAGGCUUCGAAAGGCAUGCAAAGCAUUAUGGAAGUUGCAGUUCUACAACAUCCGGGGAUCUACCUUACGGCGCUCCGGGCUCCCUCGGAGCUGGGGUCUCUCCUCCUCCUACUGACGUCAUCGGCUGAAUGUGCAUGCACGGCGUGCAUUCAGUCAGUCCAUAGGAAAGCAUUUCUCAAUGCUUUCCUAUGGACGCUGGGGUCUUCUCACUGUGAAAAUCACAGUAAGAAGUGCGGAAGCACCUCUAGCGGCUGUCAAUGAGACAGCCACUAGAGGCUGGAUUAACCCACUUAUAAACAUAGCAGUUUACAGCAGGCAGGGAUAACCCUAGAUGGACCUGGCACCCAGACCACUUCAUUGAGCUGAAGUGGUCUGGGUGCCUAUAGUGGUCCUUUAAACUCCUUCACUGUGUUAACCUCUACCACUUCAGAUGGAAGGCUAUUCCAUGCAUCCACUACCCUCUUCCUUAUCCGUAUCAGUGUAUCCCAACAAUGGGUGGUUGUAAUAAAAGUGGUUAGAUGACACUAUCAGCCAAUCACCACUGCCCAUUGCUGUUCCUACUAUUGCUUCCUCAUUAGCCUGAGUAGUACUGAGGGAACAGGCUGCUGGGGACAAUUUUGCAUUAGAACAUUAAACGCGGUUUAACCAAACAAAUAACCAAUUCAAUGAUAUGAAACAGGUAUCCCUUUAAAGGUACACUCAAGGCACCAUAACAACUUAAUUGGAAUUAAGUUGAUAUGGUGCCACCAGGUCCCUGGCACUGGCUUACCUUUAGAGGUUAGACCAUUCACAAGUGGUUUACCCCCAAAGUUCAGUAAAUAGCGCCUGAUAGCUUUGCUCCCCCCGUCCUUUCGCUGCUUAAAAUCUUGAAAGAGGAAGCCUCGGCCAUGGGCGCCUCUGAUUGUUCUAAGCCAAUGAGUAGAUCCCCAUUCACAAAAUGGCUUGAAAAAGUAUGUAUUUCUCUCAAGCCACUCAUUGGCUUAGAACAUCAGCUGGCACCUCUAGUCGGGCUUCUGAGCAAUGGGGCAUCGGCUGCUGGAUGCUGGACUUUGGGCUUAAACUAUUUGUGAACAUUUUAACCACUAAAGCUAAGCGUUGCCAGGAACCUCCUGGCAUAACGUGAAUUUAAUUCCAAUUAAGUUGUUAUGGUGCCUGUAAUGUUCCUUUAAGUAAAAAAACAAAAAUGGGCAGAAAUGAGAAUAAUUACCUGUUCAGAGUAAGCUGAUAAUGCAUUUAAAGUUUGCAAUGGAUUACUCUUUCAGUUAGUUGCUUUGGCAAUUAAACGUUCACCAGCCAAAGUCCAGAGAGAAAGAAUGAAAGCAAAUGCUUAACCCUUGCAGACUCACAGAUCUUCCAGUACUAAUGUCAAAUGUGAUAUGUUCUGCAGUUUAAACAAAACACACCCGCACAACGAACACAAUGCACUGUAUAAUGAUGCUGAGUAUACUUAGAUUAUCAUACUGCCUUGCGUUAUGUCGGUAUAUUUCUACAAUAUAAUGCUGAGUGCUUAUAGCACUACCUUUUUAAUCUGGUCUAACAAGCAUAUGGAGUCGUAUUAUAACUGCUAUCUGCUGGAUAUGAUCAUACCGCCUGUAAAGAAAACACAAUUAA